AUGGUUCACAUUGAGCACGAAUAUGUUGCCAAUCGUGACUGGCAUGGUCGGCACCCUGAGUUACGGCCUCAGUCUUCGAGAUGCCUCUCUCGUCAUCCUCUUCCUCAGCCUGCUGUGCUGUGGCCCAACAGCGUACCUGGCCACCUUGCGUCCGAGGACUGGUAUGCGACAGAUGAUUCAAGCUCGAUUCAGCUUCGGCAAAUACCUAGUCUCGAUCCCGGUCCUGCUCAAUCUGGCGACUUGACGGGCUUUUGUGUCAUCGAUAGCGUAGUCGGAGGCUUGACACUGUCCUCCGUCACGAAGGAUGAUCUGACGCCCACUGUCGGGAUCGUAAUCAUCGGGGUUCUAGCACUUCCGGUCUCUUUCUGCGGCUUGCGAGUUCUGCACCACUACCAGCGCUAUGCCUGGAUCCCGGCUUUGAUCGCCAUAACUGUUGCGACCGGGUGUGGUGGGAAGCAUUUGCACAAGCAAGUUGUGACAGAAGCUCCAUCAGUAGCUACCAUUUUGUCAUUCGGUGCUCUUAUCGCUGGCUUUCUGGUGCCAUGGGCUGCCCUUGCGUCGAACUUCGCCAUCUACAUCCCGCCCGAGACUCGAAGCUCGAAGGUCUUCGCCUACACUUACUGCGGCCUGUUCCUGCCUACAGUCCCUCUGAUGGUUCUCGGUGCAGCCAUCGGUGGUGCUGUUCCAAAUGUUCCAUCAUGGCAGGAAGGCUACAAUAACAGAUCCGUCGGCGGUGUCCUCGCCGCGAUGCUCGAGCCAGCUGGGAGCUUCGGCAAGUUCUUGGUCGUCAUCUUGUCGCUCACACUGCUGGGUAACAUCUCGGCUACGAUGUACAGCAUCACGUUGAACUUCCAGCUGCUGAUGCCGUGGCUUGUGAACAUUCCUCGAGCUCUGUUUUCGAUUGUCAUUACUGCGAUUGUGAUCCCAGUAUCAAUUGUGGCGGCGACAAACUUCUUCACGAACCUCGAGAACUUUAUUGGGCUCAUUGGGUACUGGGCUGCGGCCUUUGUGGCAGUCGUGGUGGCGGAGCACACCAUCUUUCGCAGAUCUGACAGUGAAGCGUAUACUCACAAGUCUGGUAUACUGGUCCCAUUGCGGUACAUACAGGCGACAUUGGCUUCGAGAUGGCGUUCGCAGUCACUGCAGUUCUGUAUGUUCCGUCCCGGAAGCUCGAAGUGA